UCUCUUCUAUCGCCUAACCCUUCAAAUCCUCGACCAAGUCGGCUCCAAUCGAAUUGAUCGUGAGCGAUGCGGCGAAGCGCUCGGUUUCUGCUCCACAAAUCCAUCUCCGCCUUCUCCUCUCUUCCCGCGAUCCUCACAAAACCUCCCACACCGGUCCCCCUUGGUCUCCCCUUCUCGUCCUUCCGCCUGAUGCGAUGCCCGCUCCCCCCGAGUCUUGGCCGCCAUGGAUUCGCCACCGGCGGAGGACCCCUUGACCACAGCAAGGAGGUGGAUGAGAUCAACCUGAAGUUCGCGGAGGCCCGGGAAGAGAUCGAAGCGGCGACGGAGUCGAAGGAGACGAUCUACUUCGAUGAGGAGGCGGAGUGCGCCCGCGAGGCGGUGAAGACGGUGCUGGAUAUGUUCGAAGGGCUGCUGGCGAGGUUGCCUGAGAAGGAUCGGAUGGCGCUGCAGAGAUCGAUGGGGCUGAAGAUUGAGCAGUUGAAGGCGGAGCUCAAGCAGUUGGAUGAUUAGUUCUCGAGAUUCUGGAAGAUCUAUCAUAUAAUUGCUGAUACCCCAUUAACACGAAUUCUUUUGCGAGAUUGGCCUUAUGAGUCCAUUCCUAGAGGAUGCAGGGAGAUUGUGCUCUAGUAGGUUGUGAAGUUGCAUGAUUCAAAAUUUUAAGCUCCAAGGUUUAUAAAAAGAAAAUUUAUGUUAAUCUGUUGUAUUGUUCUGGAAAUAUCAAUAUUGAUAAGCAUUUCUUGAACCUAAUUUGUUGUUUUCCAAAUCCAUGCACGCUUGUGGAAUGUGAGGAUUUUGGUAGUUCUGAGCAAUCUAUGAGAUGUUGCUGUCAUGUGAAUGCAACAUCGUAGAAUUAAUUACAGAAAUCUGAGUAAUCUGACCUAUUUAUUUCUAGAGAAAAUAUCCUAUCCUGAUUAAACA